UGACCACCCCACUGGACGACCGUGCCCCGCGCUGUUCCGCCCAUGGCCGGUGGCUACGGGGCCGCUGUGCCCGAGUUGGAUCCCACGAAAUUUCGACGGCCCAAGGGGCCCAAGGUCACCCGAACGAGGCAUUUGUACUUGGCCAACUGUGGUCGUAGUUGCGGAGACACCGUGCCGCAACUCCUGCAGUGUUUGGAAGCCACGGAGGUCUCAGUGUUGGGGCUGCACCUUGGCGAGGGUGGUGUGUCCUAUGCCAGCUUUUCAGAUGCUGAUGCUGCUGAGAGGGUCAAGGCAUAUUUGGAGUCACCCUCCAGCAGCCACUCCUGGCGAGUGAAGUUUGCUGAGUUGGAAGACGAAGCCACGGAUGGAGGAGUGCUAUUGCCCGGCAGUGUGGCCUCCACCAAGCAUGUGGAAGUUCCAGGUGUACAUGUGGUGGAGGACUUCAUCAGCCAAUCAGAGGCAGAUGAGUUGCUGCGGCAAGUGGAUCUCCAACCUUGGAACACCAGUAUCAAGCGGCGGGUUCAGCACUACGGCCGGGCCUUUGACUAUGCUAAGCUCAUGAUUGCGGCAGGCGCCGUCCCCGAGAUGCCUGACUUCUGUCAGUCACUGGUGACACGCCUGGAAAGCAGCGAUUUGUUGCCCCACGCCAUCGAUCAGCUGACGGUCAACGAGUACGAGCCGGGCAUUGGCAUCGCCUUCCACGUCGACGCCCAUUCGGCCUUCGAAGAGGGCAUCGCUGCCGUGACCUUGGGCUCGGGCAUUGUCAUGGAAUUUCGAAAACCUGACGCCGCUUCGUCCGGGAAGGUGUCCAUGGGCAAACACCAUCGCAUGGCGCCGGCCCUUCCGAGCUCUGUGGAAAUCUCGAAGAAUGUUUGGCUACCGCCGCGAUCCCUGCUCAUCAUCCGUGGCGAAGCGCGCUACGCAUGGCUUCAUGGGAUUGCUUGGAGGAAGACCGACUGCGUGGACGAGGGCAAAGUCAUCCCUCGUCAGCGGCGCGUCUCCCUGACCUUUCGCAUGGCGCGGCAGAACACACCGUGCAGCUGCGCAUGGCCAACCAUGUGCGACAGCCAGACUCCUGAAGCCCAUGGCUUGCCCAGCCGCUUGCAGGGUUGAAAUGCUGUGGGAAGAAAAA